CCCAGAUUCAUUUUUGUAUGUUUCUUUUACGGGCAUUACAUUGCUUCGUCAUUGGAUUUCUUUAAGCAGUGUGUGGUGCGUACCUGUGCUACGGUGACCUAUCGAUUCCUGCUGUGGGCAAACGCAGGCUGGUUUUGAAAUUCGUGUCAGCCGACCAAAAUGACGUCCCUUAUGAGGGACGCCUCAUUGAAAAGUCGAGUGUGCGGUGAAAAUCUUCCCUGACAUAACUCUUUACUUCCACCAUGGUCAAAACCACUUUUAUCGCCGCCGCAGUUGCACUCCUUUCAACCUAUGUUGCUGCAGUGCCUGUCAUGGACUACAGCUAUGAUACCGGCCGUUUGGCUCCCCUGUACAUUGCAGACGAUGCCGAAGCCCUGGCUGAUUCUUACAUUGUUGUUCUCAAGAAUCACGUCAACUCGGAGAAUGCCAUGCAGCACUGCCACUGGGUUCGUGCUUUGCACAACGAAAACUCCAUUAUGGCUGAACUCUUGGACACCAAUGCCGCUCACGGAAUCAAGCAUGCUUUUGAUCUUCCGAAGCUCAAGGGAUAUUCAGGAAAGUUCUCAAAGGAAACUCUUGACAAAAUCAGACAAUCUGAAGACGUUGCUUAUAUUGAGCGCGACACUGUAGUCUAUGCCAGUGAGUUGGAGCGUAAUGCUCCCUGGGGUUUGGCUCGUAUCUCUCACCGCGAACCCCUCAACCUUCGUACCUUUAGCAAGUACAACUAUGAAGCCGAGGGUGGCGAAGGUGUCAAGGUCUAUGUCAUCGAUACUGGUAUCAAUGUCAAGCACGUUGACUUCGAUGGUCGUGCUGAAUGGGGUGCCACUAUUCCUGACGGUGAUCCCGAUGAAGAUGGUAACGGUCACGGCUCUCACUGCGCUGGUACUAUCGCCGGAAAGCGGUAUGGUGUUGCCAAGAAGGCAAAGCCCGUCGCCGUCAAGGUUUUGCGCUCCAACGGUUCUGGAAGCAUGUCUGACGUCGUAAAGGGUGUCGAAUGGGCCACUGAACAGCACCUUAUCGAUCAAGAUGAAGCUGAGAAGGCUAAGAAGAAGUACAAGGGUGCCGUUGCCAACAUGAGUCUUGGUGGUGGUAAAUCAAGAGCAUUGGAUGACGCUGUCGAUGGUGCUGUUGAGGAAGGUGUCGUCUUUGCUGUCGCCGCUGGUAAUGAUAACCGUGAUGCUUGCAACUACUCUCCAGCUGCCAGUCCUCUCGCUAUCACAGUUGGUGCUUCAACCAUUACUGACGAACGUGCCUAUUUCUCCAACUUUGGCAAGUGCGUUGAUGUCUUCGCUCCUGGUCUUGAUAUCACCAGUAUCUGGAUUGGAUCCGACCAUGCCACCAAUAAGAUUUCUGGUACUUCCAUGGCAUCACCCCACGUUGCUGGUCUUGCAGCUUACUUCCUUAGCUUGGCUGAGGAGAAGGUCACCCCCAAGCAAAUCAAGGACCAGAUCUUGGAAUUGGCUACCAAGAAUGCUUUGGCCACUCUCCCUAAGGACACUGUCAAUUUGUUGAUCUUCAACAACUUCACCAGCACCGGUCUCUAUUAAAUUUGUAUAUCGGCAGCCUACAUACUUGUAAACUUUGACCCUUUCUCUGAUCUACAUCGACGACUUGGCUAAUGGCUUUUUCAAUGGUGGAUAUGUAAACUCGGUUUUGAUUUUUUAAUUUUCUGAUGUUCGACCUUUUUCCGGAUAUAUAUGUGUUUGUUUUUUCAUUACAAUUCGUGUUGUACUCGCAUUGCAAGUCUUCUCAUUGAUAUGCGCUUGAUUACUCUGAUUAUAUGCUACAAUUAGUGUGUCGACUUCAGUCGCCAUAUAAUUAAAUACAUUCCUUCAGUGAUGAUUUUUUCUUCGUAUAUUCGACUGCAGCCUGC